AUGACAGACUCCCAUCCAAUGGACGCAGAGCAAGAUACGGCCGGAUUCUUCGAGGAACCCGAUGACUUCUAUCCCCCAUCGCCGCCGCCAACAUCGCAGACCUUCGCGUUGCAGUCUGGCAAGGAGAUCACGCUCCAUCUGGUAGGACACAGCCCGCUGGAGGCCCACCACCUCUGGAAUGGCAGUCGCAUCAUCUCAAAGUACUUCGAGAGCCACACCUCCGAAGUGAAGGACCGGACUGUCCUCGAGCUCGGCGCCGGCGCCGGACUUCCCAGCAUCGUCUGCGCCAUCCUCGGCGCUCGCAGGGUUGUCGUCACCGACUUCCCCGACCCGGACCUCGUGGUCAACAUGCAGAAGAACAUCCUGGAGUGCGAGCUCAUCCCAACUUCUCACGUUGACUUCAAAGAUUCACCAAUCAUUGCGGAUGGCUAUGUCUGGGGCGCUGACCCGGCUCACCUUCUGGCUCACCUGCAGCCUAUUGGCGCAGACAAGUUCGAUAUGCUCAUAUUGGCAGACCUUCUGUUCAGACAUAGCGAGCACGGCAAGCUAGUCGACACGAUUGAGACGACCAUGAGCCGGAAGAAGGAGAGCAAGGCGUUUGUGUUCUUCACGAGUUACCGCCCGUGGCUGCAGCAUAAGGACUUGGCAUUCUUCGACAUUGCACGAGAGAGGGGUUUCGUCGUCGAUAAAAUCUUGGAGGAGAAGAUGGAAAAGGCCAUGUUUGAGAACGAUCCCGGCGACGAGGAUAUUCAAAAGACUGUUACCGGAUUCACUGUUCGCUGGCCGGAUGAGAAGUGUGCCUAG